AUGCUCCAAUGUGAGCCCUACCGCGGCUUUCACUGGUUCAGGAAGACAACGAAAAAUGUGUUGCGUCAGCAUACUCCGAGGCUCGACGACAGACUGUGCAAGUACGCCGAAACUACAAAGGAGUCCUAUGAAGUACAUCACGUAUCAUACAGUGAAUGGCCAGAUCAUACUGCACCUCUUGAUCCAACUCCUACAGUUUCUUUACUCAAGCUUGUACGAAGUCUCGGUAACGGAAACCCAAUCGUUGUUCACUGCUCUGGAGGAAUUGGACGAGUCGACUACAUUUCCCAAAAAGUGAAAGAGAACAGCAAGGUUAAGAUGGUGGACAUGCUGAAAGAUCUCAGAAAUCAACGAUUCCAAGGAGUCAAGACAGUCACUACAGUAUCACAUCUCAUCUCACAUAUGUGUUACUGCGAAAUUAUUUUUCAAGCGAGACGGCAUUCUCCCUCGCGAGGGAAAGUAUACAGAAUUCCUCAACAAGUACGUGCACAUGCUCACACGAUAUAA